AGACCAUGGCACUGACUGUCACAUCCAGUAUCUUCUUGAACACCUCCAGGGAUGGGGACUCCAUCACCUCCAUGGGCAGCUCAUUCCAAUGUUUAACAACCCUUUCUGUGAAAAAAUUCCUCCUGAUGUCCAACCUGAACCUCCCCUUGUGCAGCUUGAGGCUCUGUCCUCUUGUCCUGUCACAGCUUGCCUGGGAGAAGAUGCCCCACCUGACAGCGACGACCAAGGACUGACUUCCAUGAUGUUGAGAGGAGUCGCUCACUGUGCAAAAGACACGUUCACUCUUCUGUUGACAAGAUCUCAGAGCUGUAACCCGGGACUGAAGUUUUCCUCAGUAUGGCCUGACGUAGCAAACAGAAGCUUCCUAAUACAUUCCAGUUACACAACUGAUACCAAGUCAAGAGAGGAAAAUAAAAAAACCCUUGAGAGUCUCUACAGUUUGUCAGUUGACGUCACGAAGAUACGCAGACUGAAGGAAUGGGUCCUUCUCCAGGAUGUGGCCUAUGUUAAAGAAAUUGCUGGUAUAUUACAGGAAAUGGGAGCAGAUGAGACCACUGUAGCCAACAUUAUAGAACGCUGCCCCGAGGCAAUUCUCCACACCCCAGCAGAGAUAAACUCUCAAAGAGCUUUAUGGCAAUUAGUAUGCCAGAAUGAAAAACAGCUGAUUAAAUUAAUAGAGCAAUUUCCAGAGUCUUUUUUUACUACUGACUGUCAGCAGAACCAGAAGGCAAAUAUACUGUUCUUUCAAGAGCUGGGACUUAAGAAUAAUAUAAUCACCAGGUUCUUGACAAGUGCACCCAAUAUUUUCUGUAAUCCUGUUGAGAAAAACAAAAACGUGAUAGAGACAUUACAAAGAAAUUAUUUAAAUUUAGGGGGGUCUGAAGCAAAUAUGAAGAUCUGGAUACUGAAGCUAUUGAGCCAAAAUCCAUUUAUUUUAUUAAAUACCUCCACUGCAAUCCAGGAGAACUUGGAAUUUCUCCAGAAGAAUGAUUUCACUGACCAGGAAGUUCUACAGCUGCUCUCUAAACUUAAAGGCUUCAUUUUUCAACUUAAUUCUACCACUAUGCAGAAGAGUAUGCUUUUCUCCAAAAACGUCUUUAAGUGCAGUGAUCAAGAACUAAAACAACUAGUGCUGAAAUGCCCAGCCCUUCUCUACUAUUCUGUUCCAGUUUUGGAAGAAAGACUUGAAGGACUACUGAAGGAAGGAAUUUCUAUAGCACAGAUUAGAGAGACACCAAUGGUGCUGGAGUUGACAACACAAAUAGUUCAGUACCGAAUUAAAAAGCUCUCUGCAUUAGGAUAUGAUAUAAAGAGUGGAAAUCUAGAAAGCUUGAAUGGUACUAAAAAAGAUUUUGAAGUCACUUAUGGUAAGAUACAAUCAAAGAAGGAGAGACCUAUUUUUAAUCCUGUUGCUCCUCUACACAUUGAAGAUUAAUUUGAAUACUGUACUUCAAGUUAUGCAAAAACAAAUUAAAAGGGAAGUUGGUUCUUUGAGAAGAGAUGGAACAAAAGCAGUCUUAACCAGACUGUAGUUUUAUACUGUACUUUGUACAGGAGGGGUCUUAGGCACAGCUUCAUUAUACAGUGGUAAUACUCCAAUGCUUUCAAAUAAUAUCAUACAAGUAAUAAUUAUGAUAAAGGUUGCUUUUUUCUAAGGGUACCUCAGAUGCGACAUUUUCUUACCUGAUGGGGCAUUAGCUGCCUUAGGUUUUCAGCUCUGUCACUGCACAGUCCAGCCUGUGGUAGUGAUUAGCACAAUUUUUAUCUGAGGAAGAUAGGAGGAGGAUUAUUUUUCCAGCAGCGUUCAUCAGUCUGCUGGUUCAGUAUCUUCAGGAAACUCUCUUGGAGUUCUAUUCCUUAUUGCUGAAGUAGCUCUAGCUCCUGGAUCCUGACCUGCAACAGACUUGAUUUCUUGGAUAGGAAAGCCCUGUCCUGAGAGGGGAGCGGGACAUUUUUUUCUAAAUUCAGUGACUGCUAUGGUGAGGCCCUAGUAUGUUUGUGUACAAACCAUAAUGCAAAGAAACUACAAGAUGACAACCUUCACUUUUCUGAGACUUCAAAAUUUUCAAAAGGCUUGGGAUACGAGGAAAUACAUUUAUUGCUAUUGUAUAGUUCUUAAUCUCUUCUAGCAAGGUUUGGGGAUAAGAAAAAUUAGGGAGAGACUCAAGUCUCAAGUGACAGUAGGAGAAAAGAGAAAGUCAUGCUUUAUAUUAGGUGCAACAAAACUCUAGUCUGUAAACCACUGGGGAUUAAAAAUGACUACCAGAUUUGCACACAGCUGCAACAGUUUCUAAAUAUAUGGGUGGCACUGCAUCUCAGAUAACACCAUAUGACAAUUGGCGACAAGUGCUGGCUUUCAAAAUAGUAACUAUCAGACAGCUUUUAAGUUCUCAGGGGAUUUGAUUUCUUCUCAUUUAUGGGCUGUGAAUGAUAAUAUAAAAUAGUAGUAUCACUGACAAUCAUCUCAAUAGAAUUAGGAUCAUCAGUGAUUUUAUUUCUCACUUUCCUACCUAGCUAUUCCACACACAUUCCCCCUCUUGACAGCAGAAUAAAAACCAGCUAUACACCACCCUCACUCCAGGCAUUAUUCAAGGUCAUUUUUAACACCCAUUUUGGCAGCAAGUCCAGGCCUCCAUUUCUUAAAAUGCAGUUUUGAAUUGCUAAAGAAAGCUGGUAUUGAAUUACUGGUACAGAGGGUGGGCUGCAAGAUGAUGAUUUUAUGUAGUCUGCCACCUGCCCUUCCCCAGGCUGCGCACUGGGGAAGGGCAGCAAACACCUGGUAGGAGCAGUGCCAAGAUCUCAACAGGUGAAGGUCUUACACUCAGCACUCUGCAGGCGACUGUGGAUGUGACAGGAGCUCCUGGGGGUAAAUGCCACUCGUACAGGAGCGCGUGCAACACUGGCAGGAAUUUAAGAAGGGGACGUAUCACCAGCAUGAAGAAACUCAGGCUGUGGUACUAGGCCGUGUCUAUGCUGACUCUUUCAAAACAGGUUACUGUGUUUUAAGAGGAAACUGGUAAGACAGCCGUAUUAAAAAUUCAUAGGAACUUGCCUUUGUCACUUUCUGACUGUCCUUCCCUGCUCAGCUGUUAAACAGACCACAAUACUGUCUCAAUUCAAAAGCCUCCUUCCCCUCAGACACAAGGGGGCAUUUCAGCUCUCCAAAGCUCUUCAUAACACAAUGUGUAACUGAGCCAGAGACCUGAUUGGUGGCUUAGGAGGAAAAGGAAACCAAGACAUAGAACAGUGCUUUCCCUGAAUAUUUAGUUCUAGCAUUUCUACAGUUACCUGUUUUUACAAAGUUCUUGGAACAGCUUAUUCCCAUCACAUUAUCUCCAGUGGCAACAGAACAGGACAAGGAUGUACUUCCUUAACUGAGUCACAGCCUGAAUUAUCACAAACUCAUUUUGCAUUCUGAAUGUUUCAAUUUCUCUUCCCCUUUCAAAAUAAAAGCUUGAGCAGAAAUGCUUUUUCUCUACUACCAGAUAAAAAUUCAGUCAAUCCUUCAUUCAUAACUCUAUGCCUGGGACCUGUUUCUGUCUUCUUCACAGGAUUCAUUUACAAUAAAACCUCAGGAAAGCUCCCAGUCACCAAAACACUGUAUUGCUGAAAUCCUCAUCUCUUGUUACUCACAGUGACUGUGGACCAGCCUGUGAGUAAGCCUUUCAUUACAUAGCAAGCAGUCAGGCAUACAAGUUGCCUUCAUAAAUAUUUCCCCUUUUGAAACGGGGACUGGGAAAAGGAAAGUGACAUAAAGCUACCACAAAAACAAUCCCAAGAUGUAAGAACAACCUCACUACUCCCCCUGAAAAUUUCAGUUCCAUAUUCCAUUCAGCUCACUAUGAUCUUAAAAGUGGGUAUUCCCAAGCAUCAUUGAUCAGGGGAAAAGAAGAUUAGUGCAAAGGAUUUUGUGCUGUGUCUGUGCACAGCUUACACACUGAAGUUACACCUUUUGUUAAGAGCUGGUUGGUGCUAAGUAGAUACAAAUAAAAGACACUCUGGAGCAUGGUACUGUGGGA